AUGCGCCAUAUCAUAGAUGCCGGGUCUGGUAGAGUGUCAGCUGACUCGGCUGUGUCUGGAGAUAUUGUGUUGGAUACCGGUCGGACGGAGUUGGGCGCGGAAGUUGGAGUGCGUGAAGAGUGCAAGCACCCGUUUAACGCGUAUUUCGUGAAAAAUUGGGAUAACUCUCGUCAAAUUUGGUGCGCGUUUGAGAGGCAGAAUGCUUGCACCCUGGGCAACAACACAAACAACCGUCUCGAGUCUUCGCGGAAGCAGCUGAAGGAGCUUGUGGACUCUUUCAUGCAAGUGGACGAGCGCAUUGUGUCGAUAAUGAUUUAUCAAGCUCAGGCGGAGAGGAAGCUUCUGGACGCGUUGGUAAGUGAGCACGCGUGCGAGCUUGUGUACGAGCAGUACAAUUUCGUGACCAUAACGAAAAAGUAUAAUUUUCACGAGGCGGUUCCUGGUGUAUACUUUAUCCGGUGUGAUGCGGACGAUGAAGACGCAUUGGAUGAGCCGCGCAGCGAGUACUCCGUCACGAAAACGGAUUGGACUGGCUCGUGUUUGUUCAUGCUUCUGAACUCGCGCUGGCUGCUGUCGUCGCUUCGUGUUGAAUCCGAGUUGCCUCAGCUGUCUGAAGAACCGUUUCGUGUGUCCAGAGUGUUGAAGGAGACCAAUGCUUGUUCAGAUUCCAACCGGAAGUUCCGCGAAGCAAAUUUCGUGGCAACUUCAAUUAGUGAGCACUUGAGCGGAUUGGGGAUGGUGGAGUACCGGGCAGCGAUGAAAGCUUUGCGUGACGUUGCCACCCUUUUCAAGCAUGGCCAAUAUACUACCAUCCCCGAGAUAGCUGGCGAAGACAGCUUGAGUGAUGCAAAUAUGAACACCACUGGUGGCGCGCGCCACCCGACUACAGACAGCGAAGAGGUAUCCGAGGCAUUGGAGGUGGGGCAAGUUAUCCCUAGGCAAGCGGAAGAUGUGAGCCAAAGAAUGGUGUCUGCUUCUUCAGUGGAGAGCACUCAAGUUUGCGCAGAUCAGUCGGGUUCAGUUGGGGACGAGCCGGACUCAGGUGAUGACCAGUCGGGUUCAGUUGGGGACAAUUUGGUCUCAGUUGCGAUCGAGACGGGCGCGGAUGGUGACGAGUUGGAUGCGGAACCAGCACAGAUUGCUACGGAAGCCGAACGUGUUAGCAUUGAAAGCGAGACGUCUCAGGACAAUGAUGACCACAGCUCGAUGCUUGCGCUUGCAAACUUGACCGAUGAUUUCCAGAUCAUGAGUCCUCCAAAGACCAAGGGACGCCCAAAGCAAAAGCCACGGGCUGUCAAAGCAAAGUGGAACCAGACUAUCGCAAUGGUACAGGAAGACUUGGACAUGCACGAACGUCAAAUGAGCCUACUGACAGUUUAUGAAUUACUGGAUGGCGAACCCGUAUACAAGUCGACACACGAGAAGCUGCUGCAGUUCAAAGAGUUCCUGUUAGCCAGCAAGCCGAAGCCUCCUAUCGCCCACGAGAUGUCAAAACUCCCUCCCACAAAGCCACUGAUGCGACCAGAAAUGGUGUUGGCGCUGGAGAUCGUUGGCGUUGGAGUUUUUGCGAACUCUACGAUAUCGCUCAUGAGAAAGUGGCACACAGCAGUAAAAUUCAUAAAGAAGAUCAAAAGAGCUAUGACCUGGAUCGAACGAUUAGAUUUCACGCGACACGGGAACUCUAGCUUCUACGUCGAGGAGGACCCCGCCAUACCUGUGCUGCUGGAAAAUCUCCCAAUCCUGUCGAACGAUGUUCUAGUGAUCAACCCAUCUAACAUUGGGAUUUCAAACGGAGCCGUAACGACAGACAGUGGAUACUUUCAACGGGCGUUGGCUGGAGUCACGAAGAAGAUGAAAGUGCUGUUUCCAAUCAACUGCAACAACAACCACUGGUGCACUGUGCUAAUGGAUAUGAAGAAGGGCAGAGUGUACGUCUACGACUCGAUGGCGCCCUCCUACGCUGCCAGUGUUCGUGUCGUGGCACAGAAAAUGAUCAUGAUGCUGCCAGAUGGAGUCAGACCCAGUGCUCGCUUGGUGACGCACGAUCCCGGGCUUGGUGUCCAGAGCGACAGUUACAACUGCGGUGUGUACGUCUUGCUGGCAUUCGAAAUAUUCUGUGGGUCAGAGCCGCCUCGACAAGAAGAUUGCAAUGCAUGCGAUACCGCUAUUUGCGCACGUGUAUGA